GGCCAGCGAUAAGCAAUUAAUGGAGGUAGAGGCUUGCUACAACUACGGCUUCCUCCCUGCAGACAGAGGCAGGCACCAACCACCACCUCCACCACAUGCCACCCUUCCUCGCGCUGCAGAGGAUGCAGGUGAGCUGUGGGAGUACUUCCCUUGCCCCUUUUGCUACAUCGAGGUGGAGGUGCCCUUCAUCUGCAACCACCUUCAGGAGGAACAUUGCUUUGACACCAGGAAUGCUGUUUGCCCCAUCUGCGCCAACAAUCUAGGGAAAGACGUGGCUGCACAUUUCAGACUGCAGCACACGCAUCUUCUCAAGAGGAGGAAGCCCUAUAGGCCAAGCUCAUGCCCUGCGGCAGCCACCAGCCAAGCAACAUACCAAGUGAACUCUUACUAUGAAGAGGCAGAACCACAGCAGCACUAGAUCCCAGACGCUCUC